AUGCUGAAGAAAAGCGGGUUCAAGGUGCCCCAGGCACCCCGAAAGGCCACGGUGCUCGAGGAGGAGGACUACGUGGCGGCCCUCGACCACAUCAUCACGCGCGAUUUCUUUCCCGACCUGCCCCGUCUCCGCCUCCAGGAGGAGCUACACGAGGCCCAGCGCAACGACGACCAUGCCCGCCUCCUUCGCCUGCGCUCCCAGCUGCACCGCAUGCGCACCGGCACCCCCUCCGCCUCGCCCGCAUCCACCCCCUCUCGCGCCCCCACCCCUUCCACAUCCUCUACGUCGUCAUCUUUGAAUGGCGAGGCCUCUACAACUCCCAGCAAGGAUGGCGACGACGAAGGAGCCGAGGAGGAGCUGGCGGGGGUCGGGCUGGACGGGUUCCUACGCGGCUACACGAGCGAAGACAACGCGAGCUUUGGCGAGCUGGUCGAGGUGGCCAACCACCGCAAGCGGGAGCGCUACGCGUGGCUCUACGGCGAGGAGGAGCGCCUCCUACUCGAGGCCCCCACCCUCGCCUCGGCACUCACCACUACGCGGCCGGGCGCGUCGCUCGACGAGGCCCCCUACACCGUGGCCAACGCCCUCAUGUACGUGCCGCCGGGCGCGCCGCUCUCGGCCCAGGAGGAGGAAGACGCGGCCGCGCGUGCGCCCAAGGCCAUCCUACACAACAACACGCGCAUGCCGCGACACCUUCGCCGCACACAGCAGCAGCAGCAACAGCAGCAACAGCAGUCGGAGCAGCAGCAGCAGCCGGCGUGGACGAUGCUGGCACCGGGCGAGCAGGAGCUGAUGGAGCAGCGACGACACCUACGCGAGGGCCUCAAGUCGUACGACCUCGACGCCCUCCGCGCCACGCCCGGCCACGCGCCCGCCUCACCCAGCGUGCGGGGCUACGGCUUCGUGCUCACCCCCUCCCCCGCCCCUCACGACUCGCCCUUCAUGACCUGGGGUAAGGUGGACUCGACGCCGAUGCUGAUGAACGACCUGGACGACCUGCCGGUGGCGCUGCGGCUCACCGAGAAGGCCAGCCAGAGCGUGCGCAAGCGCAAGCGGGACUCCACCACCCGGGCCGAGUCCACCCUGCGCGGUCUGCUCUCGCCCUCGCCCAAGCGACCCACCACCCCGGCCCUCUCCCCCGCCGCCCAGCGCCUCGUGGCCCAGAAGCUCACUGCCACCAGCAGCAGCAACCCGCACCUCACCGACCGCCAGCUGCGGGCCUCCUACUCGUCGCCUUCGCCUUCGGUGCACCGCCACCGCGCCUCGACCCCGUCCACUCCCGCCGCCGCCACCCCGUUCGCGGCGAGCAAGGCGGGGCUCGCGGCCCGCUCCACGCCUUCCAAGCCCUCGCCCUCGCCCCUCCUCUCCCGCUCGUCCGCCGGCGCCGCCGGUGGGGCCACCCCGACGACCGCGGCGCCCAAGUCGCUCACCGACGACCUCCUCAACAUCUGA